ACCUCAAAUUCAACAAUAUUUAGCUUCAGAAAGUUUUAUAGAUCAAUUCGAAAUUUGUCGCAUUUAUACUUCAGAAUCUCGUGUUGUUCUAAAUGGAAAAGAGAAAAAUUAUCCAUUAACAAUCAAUUUUAAUAAUCUCCCAAAACGCAUCGAAAAACUGUUUUCAGAAUUAUUGAAAAUUGUAACCAAACAAACUCAAAGUUUAUACAGAGAUCAAGUGAUAAAUGUUUUCAAAAAUUAUGAAAACAAUCCAAGAAAACCUUCUGUACUUAUUGGAAGAUUUAAUAAUUUUAUUCCAGGCUACUAUGGAGCUAAAGGGUUAUAUAUUAUUAAAUCGACACUUUAUAACCUUAUUACAUCGAAGGAAAUAACAUAUAGUAUGACAAAACCUCUGAAGCCUGAUGAGUAUCUUGAUGAAGUACUUGUUCCUGAAACUGCUGUAAGGUUAAUCGCUCAGAAUCGUCGAGUUGAAUUAGACCAAGCAAAUGAAAUAAUGAAAGACAGUGCAGAAUUUGGGAUGUAUAUACAUGAUAUUGAGAUAGAGAUGUGA